AUGAAGCGUAAGCUAUCAGUUGCCUCACGUAUCUCCAGCUCCAAGGCGCUCGUCAGUAAGGUUCAUCGCGGCUUGGGCCUUCGUGACCUGACUACAGUCUUCAACUCCGCUCCUCUCGAUAUCCACCUGGCGUGCAAGCGUGGUGAGCUCGCUAGCGGAGACCGAGCUGAUCCCAGUCCUCAUCGCCUAAUUCGCUGUGAAGUGAGCGACGGUAUGCUUCCCAAACCAAGGAAUAGAGCUGAUUCACAGUCAACACUGAAUAGAACACUCGUACGCUCUCUCACUGUUUCAUUCGAGCUGAUUCUCAGUCCUCCGUCCCCUCCUUAUGGUCCGAGAUGUGGCACCUCUAGCCCUCAGUUCCAAGUCGCACAAGUCCCCCCUUCCUCUAAGUCUCGCGUAAUUGGUGAGCUGUCCAAGUUCUCGUCAUCAGUUGAUCCCCAGCUCCUCGAUUCUGGGUUCUGA